GGGAGUGUCCUUUUGCAAGAAGUCGGCGCUGUGUGGGGCUCCUUCUUUGAAGACGCGUCUCAGAAGUGGGUUUGGAGCUGCAACUUCUCUCAGAGAUGUUGUUGGCCAGGUGCUUCAUGUUGUCCUCCACAGUGUUGCAAGCGCAAUUAUUACUGUAUCAGACGGAGCCGUUUCAAUUUGUGGAUAUUGGACACACGGCACGGAUUGUGUGCCUGUCUACAGAAACAAUUUCCUCCGGAAUAUUCUUCAGUUGGCACAAAAGGAGAGAUAAUGGAAUAUCUGUUUUACCUGAGGAGUGCGGCGAUGGCAGCAAUACGAAUCAUUUGUCGUCGACAGCAAAAUUUGUUUGCAGAGUGGAACAACAAAGGUUGAUCCUGGAAAUCUCCCAUGCUGAAAGAGAAGACUCUGGCCUAUAUCUUUGCGCAAUGAAAGAUCUUUCCUUCUCUUUCAGCAAUGGGUCUUCUCUGAUUGUCGGAGACAGUUACACUCCAAGCACCUGGGUGAUGCUCCUGCUGCCUCCUCCACACCUCACGCACACCGGACGAGUUGCUUGUGUUGUCCACGGAGUCUCCAACCUGGUCCAGGUGUCCUGGGAGGUCCCUGGGGAGCUCCGGCAAGAGGGCCUGAUGUGGAUGGUGAGAAACAGCAGUGGCCUCCUUACCUAUGUGAGUGUUCUUCAGAUCCCCAGGGACCCACAGUGGGGUGGGAAGAACGUCACGUGUGAAGUCCAACUCAACUCUUCUGGCCUCACUGUAAAAGAGAUGGCCAUCUUCCCUGCACCUCUCUCCACGGACGCUGACGGGAAGUGCCUGAGCUUUGUGGUGCCCACAGUUGUUGUGGGGCUGCUGGCACUGCUGACCCUUCUCCUGACCCUGCUUUGGAUUCGAUUUUGCCCUCCCAGGCUUGGAUUCCAGACGAAGGCUGACGAAGCUCCCUCUUCAGAGGUGCUCGAGGAAGCCAUUUGCUACGCCGAGCUGGACUUUCCUUCACAGCCUCGUGACAGGAGCAAGAAGAGGAAACAAGAACCACGGGGGAAAAUCUAAAGAUCUGAAUGACCUAAAACCUCGGGUCGGAAGCAUCUGGAACCCGCCCUGGGGGUACUGAGCUUCGAAUUUCAGCUCUGGGUCCACGAAUGGUCGCAGGAAAAAUAUGUGAUCUUCUUGAAAAUGAAUGAGCUGCAUCGUUUCAUGUUUGGCCUGCUGAAAGAGCUAAAUAAAUAGAUUAUCAGUCAA